AUGGUCACUGAGCCCAGCACAGAUCCCCCUCUCGCAGACCCGAUGGAGAUCGAGGCCACCGGCGAGGAAGGCGCACGCGGCAAUACUGAAGAUGCCGCCGCUGAGAAGCAUGCGGAGGAGCUCAAGAGCCGCAACCAGGAGGCCCUCCGGUCCAUUGCUGAGGAGAGGGCGCAGCUCGACGAGGCAAAGAAGGUGUUCAUCCUGGAAAAGGCUGAAGCCGAAGAGCAGCAGAGGCUCGCCGCCGAGGAGCUGUCCAAGCGGGACGGUGAGCUGAUACAGAAGAAGGUGAACUUGGACAGUCACGAAGAGGAGCUCGCCGUCCAGGACACUCCCUCACUUGCCACUGCUUUCUCCCGGCUCUGUGCCUCGCCAACGCUCUCUCCCUACUCUUCCUCGCCUCGUCGCUGCCGCUCCACCGUGCCUCCACAUCACCGGGAAACAUGGGGAUACCGCGGCGUCCGCAUGCGCCCCUCCGGCGGCUUCUCCACUGAGAUCCGGUUCCACGGGAUGCGCCUCGGCCACGGCAAUUUCGACACUACGAACAAGGCUGCCCGCGCGUACGACGUGGUGGCGUGGUGCCUCCGGUGGCCUCAUAGAACAUUGAACUUCCCCAAUGUGCCGACACGGGAGCGGUUGCAGGAGCUCACGCCUCUACCGCGGCUUAGCACCGACGAGGAUCAUGGCGACAACUGGAGGUGGGAGCACCGUCUCGACAUCACCGAGAUGGACGAAGAAGACAUGCUGUUGUGGCGCCAAUGCUUCCCGCAGGACAUCAUCAACAAGCGUGAGUUCUACGCGAAAAGGAGGGCGGAGAGGGAUAAGAGCAGGGUAGAGCGGGCCCCCUAUCGCGAGGACAAGCGUAGGCGAAAUGCGGACGCUCAAUUCAACACGAGGCUAGGAGUAGCGCCGCCCUAG